AUGAACACCGGUUUCACGUUCCCUGCUCAAAGCAGUGAUGAUCAUCCAAAUAACCCACAGGAUCAUUUCGCAGGUACUAAUACAAAUAACAAUAACAGUGACUUCAUAUUCCCCAGAAGUGCUGAGCAUCAAGAUGAUAUACAAGAAUUUCAUUUGAAUCAACAACAAGAACACAUAGUACAAUACCCUCAAGAUCCAAUACACCACAACUUUGCAAUAGAUAACCCUAAUAUACCUGUAAUUGCCAUCCCAUCACCGAUUGAAAUACCAGAAAUGAAUAAUGACAGUGCAAACACAGCCCAAAGACAAACAUCAACAUUUUCAAUGAAUCAUUCUCCUAUCGGAAUACCUGAUGUGGCAGAAUUGAGGACUCCAAAUAUUAAUACAUACAUACAGCAAGAACCUGCUAUCCCAGUUGAGAAUGAUAAAGCAAUAAAUACGAAUAUAAAUUCGGGAAUCGCAAUUACCCCAACAGAAUCAACAAAUCAAUCAGCAAGCGAAGAAUAUGUUACAAAUCUACGACAACAAAUGGCUACAGAUUGGAAAAAUCCUUCUGAAUAUGCCUUACAUAUAUUAUUUACUAAAUUUAUCAGGUUCGCAGAAAAUAAAUUGAAUCUUUGCCUACAACAUCCUUUAUCAUCAGAACCAUCCAUUGUAGAUAUAAUCGGUGAAGGUGUAGAUCCUGAAUUCGAUAAUGUCAUUGAAUCAUUGGGCCAUGUAGCGAAGAAGAAACCAAAGCCUGUCAUUGAUGCAAUGAUGUUUUGGAGAAAGACAAAAUCUGAAGCUGCUAAUUUAGCAUCCGAUGAGCUAGAAAGAUUAUUUAGGGAAUAUGAUAUUGACCAGCAACUACUACAACAACAAGAUAAAAAAUUACAAUCACCACAAAAUGUGGAACCUCUCGGUCAGUUGCAAAAUCAACCUAAUAUAAAACGUUCCAACUCAAAAAUGGGAUCAUUACAUCGUUCCACUUCGAGAAGUAUAAUGAAGACUAUUACAAGUAGAAAUGCAUCCAUGUCUGGAACAGGGGAUGAUUUACUCAAACACAAAAGAAACACGUCAUCAAAAUCUUCUAAAUCAUCUGUUGGAGGCGGUAGAUUCUCCUCAGAUUUUGAAAGAUCAAGAGAAAUUGACAUGCUAAUAGAAAAAACCAGAAUAAAUGCACUACAAGAGGACAGAAAAUCAUUGAUAAGUAUCUACAUUCUCUGUAGGGUUCUUAUUGAAAUUGUGAAACAAACUCCUGAAGAAGGAGACGAUGAAUUGAAUGAUAAAUUGGAAGAAAUCGUCUUUACACAACUAAAAACAACAGAUCCAAUAUCAGUUUCAUCCAGCAUAAUUAAAUCAUCCAAUUGGAACGCAUUUGCCGAAUUAUUAGGUUAUAUGUCAGAGAAGAAAUUUGUUUCUGUCAGUGAUAGAUUUAUUUCCGAUUUAGAAAAGAUUCCCAAACAUAUUUCGUUAGAAAUGGAACCCACCGUCCAUCUUUUAAUACUAGGUAUGCGAUAUCUUCGAUUAAAGAAUUACCCAUUGGAAAAAUUUGAGGAGAGUGCUGAUUUUAUGGAAAGUUUAUCUAAAUUUUUUGCAAAUACGACAAAUUUAUCCGUAAGACUGGCAUACGCAGAAGUAACAAACCAGUUGUUAUUACCAAUGGCAGGGUCAUUAACCGCAGAAGUGAAUCAUCCAACUUGGCUAAAAGCUAUGACCCUGUUACUACAAACUUCUAAGAAACUACAGGCCGACAACAAAUAUUGGGCCAGUGGAUUCAAACUCACAGUUUCCAUCUUAUGUGCAUCUCCACCGAACUUAUUUACUGAACAAUGGAUUACUUUAAUUGAAUCUAAUAUAAGCAAGAUUAGAACAAAAAACCUCUUAGACCGUGUUAUAUUCGCUGUCGGAAUUUCCAGACUAGUUUGGGUGUUUCUUUACAGAUGUACUGAAACUUUAAAUAACACAACAAGAACGUUAACAAAUCUUUUGAAACUUUACUUAAACACCAAAAAGAAAGAGAACUGGAUUACAACAGACUUAGAGUUAAUAAAUCCCCUAUCAGAUGUCCUCGUGUCUAUCGGUUACCUACAUCCAAAUUUUUUAAUGGAAAACGCUGUUAUUCCACUCAUUCGUCAAUCGUUCAACGGAUCAUCUUUGGAUAAUAUCAAUUAUGAAAGAAUGCUGCUGGCUUUAAACACCUACAAGGGCUUCAUAAUGACUACAGAAAAACCUGAGUUUCCAGAGAACGAUAGUAGGUAUUAUGAGAUUAACUUGAAUAAAUUAUCAAUUAAUCAAAAUAAAACAUUGAAUAUUAAUAAUGAGGAAGUUUGCAGUUACUUCAACAAACUGUUUAUUCUCUUGGACUCGAAUAUAGGUUCUGAGGUUUGGUCUCCGGAGAAUCAACACCAAAAACAACCAUCUACACCGUUUAGCUCUUUUGGGUUCAAUUUUUCUAAUGACAAUGAAAGUUCCAUGAAUAGAAAUCUUAAUAUUGCCCUUUUUGCUACCGUUAUUGAAGUCAUCCCAUGUUGUUUGUCUGUUUCCUCAAAUAUUCCAUAUAAAUCAACAAUUGAAAUUCUUUCAAGGAAUGCUGUACACGACGAUCUACUGAUAGCAACAAGUUGUCAAAAUGCAUUGAAAUCACUUGCAUCUAAAAAGAAUCCAUACACUUUGAUAACGUGGUUUGCUAAAUACUCCUUCGAUUUCGAUGAGAAAACUCAAUCGAGCUAUAAUAUGUCCUAUCUAUCAUCGAAGGAAUAUAACAAGCUUGUUAAUUUAUACGUUGAAUUGCUCGAAUAUUGGCUGGAAGAAUUCCAAACUUCAAAAAACGAAGAAAACAAGAAAGGUACUGGACUUGACGGUAUCCAAUUGAUACCAGUUGAAUCUGAAUCUGAUUCAUCCAGUGAGACUGAAAAAAUAGAAUGGAAAAAUAUUGCCACUGUUAUUGAAGAAGUGGAGGGUAAUGGUUUAUUCUUUCUGUGUGCCCACGAUUCAAAAAUUCGUAGGCUAGGUAUCCAGAUAUUAAGAAUUAUUUCUAAUUUUGAUAGGGCAAUGGCUGAAAAGACAGUAAGUAUAUCAGGCAGCCACUCCCGUUCAUCAUCAUCUCAUUUUGUUCCAGAUCAAGGUACUCGUUUAAUAGAUCUUCUAGAGGAUACUGAUGUCAUAUCAUUAGUGGGAUCGUACAAAUCUUCUUUAAGUUCAGCAGAGAAAGGCAGGUUAAGCAGAUUAAAAUCGAAGUACAAAAAAGGGUUACUCUCAAAACUUGCCCAAUCAGAAUAUGGCGUUGAUACAGCUCUAUGGCAGAAAGCCUUCCCAAAAUUGCUGGCUCUAAUUUUUAAGAAAUGCCCAAUUACCAUGGCUUUAUGUCGCUCCAUUAUAUGCAUUCGUUUAGUGCAGGUUCAUGAAAUUGUUUUGCGCAUAGCUAAAGACAAGAAUGACAUGAAGCAAGAGAAUGGUUCUCCUGAAAGUAUAAUAAACCAAUGGAGAAUCUAUUUGAUUGCAGCUUGCACGUCGUUAACUUCUACGAGCGAUCAAAAAUUACACAUUCCAAAUAAUAACAUGCAGCAUGGAAGGAAAAAAAGUCAACAAAUCUUUACUGUUCAACAUCAAAAAAUUAAGUCUGCGAAAUCCAUCUUUAAAAUGGUAUUACCGCUUCUUAAUUCAAAGAACUCUCUUAUACAGGUGGCCAUUAUUGCAGGAUUAAGUUCAAUGAAUGUGAAUAUAUACAAAACUUAUAUCGAAAGCAUUGAUAGUAUUCUAGGUGGGUGGAACGAAAAGAGUUCAAAUAAUGGAUUGCGAAUAGAAAUGUUUCAUAUUCUGACUAUUCUUAGUGAUUUUCUCAAGGACCCGCUUAUUUAUAAUGAUACGUGGAUAUUGAAAAAGAUAUCCUCAUUUUUAAGGAACACAAAAUCCUUUUUAGAAAAUGACACUGUCCAGUAUUCAUACGAGUAUCAACGCCUACGAAGCUAUUUUGCAUCUUUAUUAAAAAGUUAUUACUCUACUAUCAGGGAGCAUCCACUGAUCGAGGAAUUAUUUCCAUUCCAAGCUAGAACUUCAUGCUUCAAUUAUUUGAAAGAAUGGUGUGGUUACGGUGAGUUUGCCCAUGUUGCACGAGACCGUUACGAAAUUAUGAUCCGUAAAACAGAGACAGACCACGAUAAAACUGCAAUUUCUACGGGAAUUGAGUUUCAAAAAACUAAAUUGGAAAUGCUUACUCUUGAGACCAUGGCAGUACUAUGUUCUGAUCCUAUCACCGAGACAAUUGAAGACCUUCCGAAUAUACCUAUCGUCAUAUCUUUCGAUACCACCGCAUUACUGUCUUGGAUUGAAGCAUUAUUCAAUGCAGAUAAUGAAACCGUAAGAGCUUUAGGUGUGACAACAUUAGAAAACCUUCUGGAAAAAAAUAAAGACAAUGUUAAGUUAUUCAAAGAUGUGGGCCUUCAAUGUGUGUCUCACCACAAUAAUCCAGCAGUUGCUGUGCUUUAUUAUACAACUUUAUGCAAAUCAGUUUUAAAAUUGGAUGAAUUAAUUUUGGAAGAAGAUGAACUGGUUUCUCUAGGGUUAUAUGGAUUGGUAUCUGAUAAGGAAGAUACAAGAACUGAUGCAGUUGCUCUUCUCUCCGCUGUAGAAACUAAAUUACACAAUUCAUCUUAUACUAAAGUCUUCAGGGAGAGGCUUGCAAAUUCUUCAAAGACAGUAUACAAGUCUACCGCAAAGGAGAUAUCUAGCAUUUUUGCAGAAUUACUUUCUCAAGAUUUAUGUCUACGUAUAUUUUCAAGCAUGACCAGAAUAUUAGAUCUAUUCACUUUUGAGACGAAACGAGAUUUGUUAGUCCUAAUGGUUCCUUGGGUGAAUAAAUUUGUUCUAAAAUCGAUAGAUGAAAUUGAUACUUUCAUGGUUUUAAAUAAUAUGUUUUAUAUUACUGUUGACCUGAACGAUAGUCUUCCCAAGGAAAUAGAAGAAGUAUGGAUUUCGUUAGGGAAGGGCAAUUCCUUCCAGAAUAUCCAUGUUUCGUUAGAAUAUAUUAUUCAAUCUUCCAUGAAACACAAGAACCCAAAUUUUGUUCAGUGUGCGAGAGAUGUUGUGUUGUACCUUUCUAAUGUUCCGGGAGGGAUAGGUUUAAUGGACUCUUUACUCAGUAAUCUCGACCCAAAAUCCAUGAUUCCAAAUCCUAAUCAACAAAUCCUAGAACCCAAGAGCCAUGAGGACGUCUUUUUUAUUGGAAAUAUAUGGGAUCGUCUAAACUACCAAGGCAAACAUAUCAUAUUUUCGAAAACUCAACUAUCCAUAAUUUUUCUGGUAAAUUUGCUCACAAACCCAAGUGAGUCAAUAAAAACUAAAAUGCCAUCAUUGAUACAUAUCUCCCUUUGUUUAUUGGAUCAUUAUGUGCCUCUUAUUCAAGAAUGUGCAUCUAAAGUCCUUUGCAACAUUAUCUUUGGAGUUGCUCCAACUCACCCGAAGGCAGAGGAGAUUGUGGAAAUUAUAAGAGACAGAACCUUACUUUGGUCAUAUGAUAAUCUUGUGAAGGAUAAAGGAGGCGCCCGCUCACCAAAGACCAUGGACCCACUAGUCAGAAAUAUUGUUACAAUCUUUUCGGACAUACCAGGUUUUCAAAUGGAUUGGCAAAAGGUUGCAUUAAAAUGGGCCACCACAUGUUCUGUAAGACAUGUUGCUUGUAGAUCAUUUCAAAUAUUUAGAUCUCUUCUGACAUUCCUCGAUCAAGAAAUGCUAAAAGAUAUGUUGCAUAGAUUAUCGAAUACAAUAUCGGAUGAAAACACAGAUAUACAAGGGUUUGCCAUGCAAAUCCUUAUGACCUUGAAUGCAAUAAUGGCAGAACUUGAUCCAACAGAUUUGAUUAGUUUCCCUCAAUUAUUUUGGUCGAUUACUGCUUGUCUAAGUACUAUUCAUGAACAAGAAUUUAUCGAAGUACUGUCAUGCAUUACCAAAUUUAUCUCUAAAAUUGAUUUAGAUUCGCCAGAUACGGUACAAUGUUUAAUUUCAACAUUUCCCUCAAAUUGGGAAGGGAGAUUUGAUGGUUUGCAGCAAAUAGUAAUGACUGGGCUGAGAUCAUCCAAUUCGUUUGAGAUAACUCUUAAAUUUUUAGAUAAAUUAAAUUUACUAAAGGAUAGCCAAAUUGUUGCUAAUCCAGAAUCCCGUUUAUUGUUUGCUUUAAUUGCCGAUUUACCAAGAUUCUUACAUGCUAUGGAUAGGAAAGAUUUUUCCAAUGUACAAACUGCUACAAGUUCAUUAAUAGCACUGGCUAACGCAAAUAACCAACCUUCCUUAUCAAGAUUAAUUGAUUCAUUGGCUAAGAAUAAAUUCAGGUCCAAACAAGAUUUCUUAAGCCAAGUUGUCAGUUUCAUAUCUGGAAAUUUUUUCCCAACAUUUGCUGCAGAGACAUUGACCUUUUUGUUAGGUUUAUUGUUAAAUAAGAUUGAUUGGAUUAAAAUCCAAACCUUAGAGAUAUUAAAAUAUUUAUUUCCCCUAAUUGAUUUGAAGAGACCUGAAUUUUUGGGUGUUGGUGCUGAUUUAAUUUCUCCAUUAUUACGCUUGUUACUUACUGAACACGAUUUUUUGGCAUUAGAAGUACUUGAUGUUAUACCUAAUGUUUCAGGAAGUAAAAUGGAUAAAGACGUGCUAAGGAUUAGUAUGGGGAACAGGGACAUUAAGAACAAUAAUAACAUGAGUACUACAUUAUUUGGUUUACCGGAACCCAGUGGUUGGUCAAUUCCAAUGCCAUCAUUCACUGCAGCUACAACGAGACAUAACGUUCAUGCAGUUUUUAUGACAUGCACGGAGACAACAACAGAAGAAAAUGCAAUAGACGAGCCAGAAAACAUGGAUGAUUUGGUUGAGUUCCAUGCAGAUGGGGACUAUGGUCUCACCAGGGUGGAUACUAAUACAGAUUAUGGUCUUGCUAGAGUCGAUACCAGCAAUGAUUACGGUUUAGCAAGAAUUGAUACGAACGAGACAGCAUCAGUAGCGGAGGAAAAAGAUGCCUCUUUGAGCCACAUGUGGGCUGAACUAGAUAAUUUAGACAGUUUCUUUACGAAGGAUACAGCAUUAAACACGAUAACCUCGAACUGGAAACAAAAGCUAGCUGAGGAACCAACUCCAGUGAGAAAUAAGAAUGUUUACAAUCUAAGAUCACCUGCGCAAUCAAUGCUUGGAGUUGUUUCUUCAGCGAAAAGUAAGAGUAUGGAAUCCCCUCAAGAUAGUUUAUUCAGAUUUGAAGAUUUUGUGAGAACUUCAUACAAGAGUAAUAGAAGAAAGUGGCAGUACCAUAGACAACAUCAACAAUUGUUGUCCAAGACCAUUCAUGAACAAUCACCACAAUACAGGAAUACAUCCUCUAGUCCAUAUGCCGGUAAAUAA